ACAGGUGCACAACUUAGCGUCUUCUGAAGAACUUAGUGUGACACUAGAAACCUGUGCAAAUUAUCCCCAGGGAGAAAGAAUUAAGACUAACAAAAAGUGAUUUCGUCUGUUACUGCUACAUGUGAAUUCAAUAUGAACAUGACUGGCGGAAAUACCUCUUACCAAUUGAAAUAUAGAGAUAGAUGUCCACACAUACCGACGGCCGGAAAACUAGUACCUGCGGGAGACAGGGCAAAGAGCUGCUUACAAGAAGUGGCAAGGCCCUCCACCCCGCCUGUGGUAAGGAAAUUUCGCAACAGCAUCCAACCAGAACCAGGAGCUAUCAGAGUGCACUCAGGCAAAGCAAAUGAUCCAGAUGUUGCCAGCACUCUUGUUCAUGGCAUCAAGACCAAAUCAUCCCUCACCGGCAGAAGCUUGCUAAAUCCUCCCAAAAAGACCUUGCUCCAAAAGAAGUUACAAGAGCUGAGUGAAGUAGUGUACACUUCCAGUCAGAGAGCACCUUUAGGAAGAUCACAUGAUCAGCAUAUUGGACUUCCUACCUGGUAUAAUGACAAAAGUACCUUUGGUAUUAAAAUGGUUAAAGGGUUGGAUGUGUGGGAGAUUAUUAACCCUUCAAAAACAGCUGAGGAGGUGGAGAGGGAAUCUCAGGAGGGACACGAGGCUUAUGUUCGUAGCCACAAUGCCUAUUUUGUUGGUGAGCGGAUUGAUAGGAAAUAUGACUGGAGUCACUGCAGUAAAGACAGCAGGUUUGGUAUCCUCACACCUCAUUUUAAUGAUGGCCGUAAUCUUGGCAAAACUCUCCGCUGGCUUGGCGAGACACAGAAGUUUUACAAUCCAAAGACUGUUUGGAAGAGAUCUGGGAACAGGGAAAAGAUGGAGACACAAAUUUACAAAGCGAACAAGACGAGAGGAAAUUCCUUGAACGUUCCACCAGAUCAUACCUUUGGAAUUCUCUUACCACUGGAUGAAUUUGGUGUCGGAGAAACAAUCCACUCCACGGAGCCAGGGCAGUAUGUGAGAGGUCGAGACAGACAGCGCAGCCUUGUCAACACAGUGCGACACCACCUCAAGAAGGUCAACUUCCACAACUUCCCCUCCCUGCUGCAGGCAUUCAGACAUUAUGACAAGAAAGGCAAGGGAAUGAUUGAUAAAGAGGACCUGCGGGCAGUGUGCCGUCAGUUCCAGCUGGAUGUUAGUGGGCCGGUCCUGGAUGACCUGAUGGAUUACUGUGACACAGACAAAGACGGACUGAUAAAUUUCUUGGAGUUUGCUAACUUCCUCAACUGGAAGGACAAGAUGCUCAUCAACACUCAGGAGCAAGACAUCAUAACAAACGAGUGUCAGACCAGUGUAGCUCCAGCUAACAGAGAGAGGAAGCCUCUGUCAGAAUCAGAACAGCUUCCUGCCUCUCAGGCCUUGAUUAAACCUGAGGACUUGGAGCCCGUAGAGCAAGGCAGCUCAAAGAAGACUCUCAGGACCCUAAGGCGACACAAGGCAGACCCAGAUCACUUCAUCACCUCCUCCUCCUUCAUCGGGGCUAUCAGUGAUCGUUCGCUCACAUCAAACAGUCGCACAUAUGGGAUCCCGUCUGUGCGCUCUGACCUUCCAGCUCCACCCAUCAAGAGAGUCAGCGACACUACUAACUACGGCGAUACAUCCACAGCUGCAAAACUUCUGCAUCCAUCAGUUCACGCUCUCCAGGGUGUUCAUGAGGAGCACUUGCUCUGUCCUCGCACCAAGAGCGAGAUUGCAGAGAUCUUCAGGAAUGUGGGUGUGAAUAUUUCUGAGGAGACCUUUGAGGAGGCCUGGAAGCUGGCGUCCAUGAAGCAACCAGAUGGGAAAGUUUGUGUCGAGGUUUUCUGUAAUGUACUCAAGGAAAUUAAAGCAAUGUAAUAUGGAAGAUGUUUUUUUUUUACUGGUAUAGUGUUUCCCCAUCAUCAUCAUCAUCAUCAUAAUCAUUAUUUCUGUUUAAAUAUAUAUCUCAGCUGUCUGGUGAAAACUUUGUAACCCUAAAAUGUUUCGGUUUGAUUGGAAUGCAUUUUUGACAUAAUGAAGAAGAAUGGACUUUGGCAAGCCAAAAUAUCUGACCCUGAAGGAAGAAAGAUACAUACGUUUAGGAAUGGGACUAUAUAUGAUUUUUAUCACGAUAAAAAACAUUUACAAUAAGUCGAUUGUGGUGAAUUUCCAUAAUCGGGAUAAUCGUGACUGGGAAUAAUGGUUAAUAUCCUCACGAGUUACUUGAAAAUGCUGUCUAGGCCUGGCUUGCCUAUCGUAACCCAGCGGUGGCGAAGUUACGCUUUCCGAACCAGCAAAGCUUUCAACACAGAUGUAUGAAAAAAUGGUUCAUUUCCUGAGGCUUUUCAAAUCAGAGCUCAAUGGGCACAUCGGCUGGUCAAUGUGAGAAAAAGCGUAUGUUAUGUAGAACGUUUCACAAC